AUGAGCUCCGAGUCACCGAGAAAACUUGGUCAGAUGUUAGCAGCUUACUUCCCUGAGGAGGAUGGAAGCGUUACAUACGUAAGGUUCAAAAACAACGAACCUGGAAUUGCGUACCAAAUUCGCAAUUACAUGACCAUGGAAGAGUACGAAAGGUUUCUACAAGAGAAACCAGCUCUAAACAACUCAGAAAAGAAAGAGUAA